CCUUGUCCAACGUAACGAAUAUUUCCUGUAAAAAAAUAGAGUAGCAAUUUGUGGCAGAUUGUCCUAGCAGUAGCUCUGCAUUUAGCCUGAAUGUUCUAAAAGAUGUAACAACUCAAUGGAAACAAAAAGCCAAUCUGAUUUGUUUCUCUGUCAGAAUCAUGUAGAGAUCCAAGAACGGUGAAACCUGUUAUUGCAGCCUGACCAUGGCUGCAUGACACAGCAAAGAAAAAUCACCGACCUUGCUUUCUUACCGAUAUGUUCUAUUAUAGCCGUUGGAAUGCACAUCCUAGGUAAUUAAUUAGCUAUCGAAUCUUUUGACAGAAAUCGAUAUAUGCUUUUUUUCCCCGCAAGCACGAGGGCACCGGAGCUAUCUGUAACAGAACUGUAUAUUCUAUGUUUUUCCUCUGAGAAUCGAAUUGAAGAUGCCGAUGCAUGCUCUCCAAAUAAUUAAUACAGCACGACCCAAUGCCCUUAUCUGGAGAUGGGCAUGGUAUAUAUACAUCUCUGGUCCAUCAGGGAAGCCAGCUAUCAAGCUGACAGUGUCCUUCAGCAUGGCUGCAGAAGCAGCAGUGGUGCAUGGUCGUCUUCUUCUCCCGUUCCUCCUCCUGGCUGUCGCUUCUGGUUCCUACGAUGGUGCCAGGCAACCGUCGAUAAACAGGAGGAGCUUCCCUCAUGGGUUCGUCUUCGGGACGGCCUCAUCAGCCUAUCAGUAUGAGGGUGCAGCGAUGGAAGGAGGCAGAGGACCAAGCAUCUGGGACACAUUCACUCACAAAUACCCAGAAAAAAUUAUCGACGGAAGCAAUGGGGAUGUGGCAGACGACCAAUACCAUCGUUACAAGGAAGAUGUGAACAUCAUGAAGGAUAUUGGAAUGGAUGCGUAUAGGUUCUCUAUCUCAUGGACAAGAAUUCUUCCAUAUGGAAGUCUGAGCGGUGGAGUCAACAGGGAAGGAGUUAAUUAUUACAACAAUUUGAUUAAUGAGCUCUUGUCCAAAGGGUUGCAGCCAUUUGUUACUAUUUUCCAUUGGGACUCACCUCAGUCACUAGAAGACAAAUACAAAGGGUUUCUAAAUCAUAAUAUAAUUGAUGACUACAAGAGUUAUGCUGAAGUAUGCUUCAGGGAGUUUGGAGAUCGAGUGAAACACUGGAUCACAUUCAACGAGCCGUUUUCCUUUUGCCAAUCAGGUUAUGCAUCCGGCGUGUUUGCACCAGGCCGCUGUUCAUCCUGGGAGCAGGGAAACUGCAGUGUUGGGGAUUCAGGCACAGAGCCUUACACCGCGUGCCAUCAUCAACUACUAGCUCAUGGAGAAACCGUUAGAUUGUACAAAGAGAAAUAUCAGGCCUUGCAGAUGGGAAAGAUUGGAAUAACUUUAAUGUCACACUGGUUCGUUCCUAUGUCCAAUUCAAAAUCUGACAAAGCUGCAGCAAGACGUUCUAUGGACUUCAUGCUUGGAUGGUUUAUGCACCCUCUCAUUAAAGGAGAGUAUCCUUUAACCAUGAGAAAAUUAGCUGGUAAUCGCCUGCCAAAGUUCAGCAAAGAACAAUCUGAAUUGGUCAAGGGUGCAUUUGAUUUCAUUGGACUCAACUACUACACUGCAUACUUUGCGGAAAACGUUCCUCCAUCAAACAGCCUCAAUUACAGCUAUAACACUGAUCCGCGAGCAAACCUUACUGGUGCUCGAAAUGGUGUUCCCAUUGGUCCUACGUCUGCUUCAACUUGGUACUUCACCUUCUAUAUCUACCCAAAAGGAUUAUAUGAGCUGCUGCUUUAUGUUAAGGAGAAAUAUGGCAAUCCCACCAUUUAUAUCACUGAGAAUGGUGUGCCUGAAAUCAACAAUAGUAGCCUAACACUCCAGGAAGCUCUGAAGGAUGACACAAGGAUACAGUACUACCACGACCACCUUCUUUCCCUACUAAGUGCUCUAAGGGAUGGAGCAAAUGUGAAAGGAUACUUUGCGUGGUCGCUUCUUGAUGAUUUUGAGUGGGCAAGCGGGUACACGCUUCGCUUCGGGAUAAACUUUGUGGACUACAAUGAUGGACUGAAGCGAUAUCCUAAGAAUUCUGCACAUUGGUUCAAGAAGUUCCUUAAAAAAUGAACAUGAAUCUGAUGCCAGCGACAAGGACUGCAAGUCUGCAAUGUCUAGGAAUAAUUCAAGGUUGGUGUGCAUGGUUUAGGUUGUAUGCGAGAAAAUGUGUCCUAUGAUCAGUGAGUGAUUCAGUUAAUGUGCAAUCAGUUUCGAGAAGAAAUCAGGUUACCGAUGGCAUGUAAAGACUAUUAAUCUAUUCAAAAUAAUUGGAAUUGCUCACGUUAGUU